AAAGUUAUAAAAAAGGAGCUUAAGAAGUUUAGUUUUUUAUGUUUCCUCAAGAAGUAUCAUUAGCAUUUUCAUCAUCAAAUGAUAUAGACCUUUCAUUUGAAUCAUAUAGAGAUUUAUACGGAAACUAUGUUCAUCCAUCUUUGAAAGAAAGAAAUGAAAAAGAUUCAUCAUCAGAAGAACGUUUGGAUUAUGAUCCUUCGGAUGAUGAUGCUGUCAUUGAUAGGGAAGGGUUUUCGCCAUCUUUUAAUAAUAAUUAUUCAAGUUUGAUGGAUAUUAAUGGUUUGGGGUAUAAAAAGGAUUUUUGUUUCUGCAAAACACUAUCAGUCUAUGAUAUUUCUAUGCAAAAUACUGAUUUUGAUAAUGUUCCUCUUGAUGUUUAUUCUAAUUUUAAUUCUUAUGAAGUAAAUGGGAUGAAAAAGGACUAUAAUGAGAUUGAGGAAGUUCCUUCUUUGAUUCCGGAUCUAGAAGAAAUUAAUAUUCCAGCACCGUAUAUUUUGAAUAUUUUUGGGAUACCAGAGAAAUCAAGAGUUGAAACUCAAGUUAAAUUAGGUAUAAAAUUGACACCUAGUUCAUCGGUAGAAGAGCAUUUCAAUAAUGAUUUUUUCUGGCUUAAGCUUCCCAGUUGGAGUAUUACAAAAGAAAAGUUGAAACUACCUAAUUUAAAAAAUCAUCCUAAGUACAUUGAUCCGGAAAAGAUAUUAACUCUAGAACCUAGUGUUGUUUGUGCUAGUGAUAUUACUAAAAAUGUUUUGAUUUGUUCUGGUUGCAUUAUACGGGAGCGUAAACGAGCUAUAAGAAAGAAAAAAACUAAGUUUCAAAAAGAAUUCGGUCAAAAUCAAGAUAGUCUUUCUCCUAUAAAAGAUGAGGAAAAGAAGAUUAUUUUAUUUAAUUAUCCCGAAAUUUUUAGAUUUAAGGAUAAUUAUAUAAAUAUACCAACAAGAAUAACAUGUUAUUGCAGACAUCAUAAAGAAAAUAUAGGAUUUAGGAUUUUAAUAAACAUAAAAGAUAAUAAAGGGCAAUUGAUCGCAUCAACAUUAUCUAAACCAUUUAUGAUUACAGAUGACCACAAAACUAUUUCAAAAAUAAAAAAAAUAAAUGGAUUACAUUUAACGCCUAAUUCACUACCUAUACCUGUAAAUGAUAAUAAUAGUAAUCAAAAAAAGAACAUAUUAUUUAAUGAAGAAUUAAAAUUAGCAGUCAAUCCUGAAAAUUUUUCUUGUUCUACACUGGAUAAUAUGACAAAUAAAAAUAUAAUUCAACCGGCUUAUAAUUCUAUGAUUUAUCUUCAAGAUGACAUUUCUAAUAAAAAUAAAUCUUUUCUAGUAGACGAUAAAUUUAUGGGCUCUGAAUCAUAUGAAAGUUUGCUUUUGCCUGCAAAUGUUCAACAAGAUGAAUUAGAAACUAUACCACAGACAUCGUCGUUAGUUCUUAGUCAAGUAUCUUCGCCAGAAACUGUUUCAAAAAUGCCAUUUUCUAUUGAUUCUAAUCUAUUUGAUCUUUCACUAGAAACUCAAUGGUCCAAUAAAGAAUUGCAUAUGAAUAUUGAUCAAACAGAUUUUUCGAACCAGGUGAAUCUACCAGUUCCUAAUAAUUAUACGCCAAUAGAAUUAUCUGAAAAUCCUAUUGAGAUUCCAAUAAUUGAUCGUUUAAUCCCAUCUGAAGGUCCUAUGCAUGGCGGAAUUGAAGUCACUAUACUGGGUUCAGGAUUUUAUUCUGGUUUAACAUGUAUAUUUGGCCAUAAUCCUGUAACUUCAAUCCAUUAUUGGAGUCCUACUGUUAUAGUAUGUACUUUACCUCCUAGUCCUAUUCCAGGUCCUGUUCUCGUAGAUUUUAAGGAACAUAAUUUAGCUCAGUCUGAUAUUGAAAAUGCGAAAUAUUUUUUAUAUAAAGAUGAUAAUGAUCGUACAUUAAUGGAAUUAGCUCUACAGGUUGUUGGUAUAAAAAUGACUGGAAAACUAGAAAAUGCCCUAACCAUUGCUAUGAAAAUUUGUGGAUUAAUGCCUAGUGAUUGCAAUGAAUCUAAUUUAAAGCAGCAACAAUCAAAUUUAAAUUCAUAUAAACCGACUUUAAUGAAUUAUUUACAUUCUUCAUCGACAUUUAAUAUUUAUAAAGCGUAUUAUUGUUUUGAAACAAUGUUUUUUCAGCAUGAUAAUCUUUUAAAUAUAAAGGCAAAUCCUAAUACAUUUUAUUUAUUAUAUCAAGAUAGGCCGAAUCAAACAUUGCUAAAUCACAUUUACGUACAAGAACUUCAAAGACAUAUAAUAGAAUUAUUUUCUAAGAACUAUUAUUUAAGGUCUAUAAAACAAUGCAGAUAUAAUCAUGUUGAUUAUUUGAAUAUGAAAAAAAUGAAUUUCAUUGUAAAGAUGCUAGAAAAUACUGAAGAAAAUAGAUUUAUUUAUAGGUCAUUAUAUAGGAAAGUAUUCAAAUUAACAUAUCCAAAUAGUUAUAUUGAAAUAUCAAAUUUUUUGCGCUUGAAUAGAGAACACAUGGAUUACAUCAUUGUUUCAUUGGUUUUCUCAUGGCUAAAUCAAAAUAACUUUAUACUUAAGAAGCGUUCAAAUGCAUUAUUGCGCACUGCUACAGAAGGCUUUGAUGAUAAUGAUUUUUUUGAUAUAUUUUUUUCAUCUAAAAAAAAUAAUAGACCUUUCAAGAACAGAUUAAAUAAAACAAAAAAAUAUUCUGAGGUAGAGAAUCUACAUCAUUCGGAUUCUUUAGUUGGUUCUUAUAAUACUGAUAAUGAAUCAAAGGAGAUUUCUUCCCAUUUUUCUCAAUCUCAGCAUAUCUUUGACAUCCAGGAAAAUCAAACUACAGAAUCAAACAUUAAAGAUGAGAAAAAUGAUGAUGGAAUAUUUACGAUUCAAGGAUUUUCAGAAUUUUUGACGAUGACCUCAGCAAAAGCAAAAUUAGCGUCUUUAUCUAUUCCAAGCAUACUACGUACUUCUAGUUUACCUCAGUUUUCAGAGUUUGGUCAGUUUCAUCCUAUAUCUGCAUUUAAUUCUUUUAUUCAACAAUACCCUUUUAUUAGCAAAAAAGCUAAUAACUCGAAAUCUUCAAGUAUAAUGGAGAAUGAUAUCCAAUAUAAUUGGUGGCAACAUUUGAUAUUUGGACCUCCUCCUCCGUAUUCUGAACUUUCAACAAAUGAAAACGUAUUUGAAACGCCAUCUGAUGCUUCUGAGGAUUUUGUGUUUUCUCAAGAGAAAUCACAACGGUAUUCUUUUAAAUGGCAACCAAAAGUUUUAACUAGAUCUCGUACUGCUGAACUAAUACUAGAGCAACAGCAGUUUAUCAGGGAACAUGCAAAAAUAAUACAGAAAUUAGAAAAAGAUAAAAUGCUUUAUUUGUUUUGGCUUCCUAUCCUAAUAAUUCUUUCAUCCUAUAUUAUUUUAAAUUGGACACAAAAGGAUGUUUCUAUUAGAAUUUAUGAUUUAAGAAGGGCCAUAACGUUUUCUAUUUAA